AUGAUCAUCUUUGGCAUUUGCUUAUUGUUUCGAGUUGGCAUUGCUUCGAUCACGCAAACGUAUGAUAAUCCGGACGAAUAUUGGCAAGCUCAAGAGGUGGCGCAUCGCCUGGCAUUUGGAUAUCCUUUUUUAACAAUUGAGCAAAAUUGGUGGGUUAAAAAAUAUCUGAUAAGAAGCUUUGCUCAUCCGCUGAUAUUCGCAGCUCUGUACAAAUGCCUGCAAUUUUUAAGGCUAGAAAAUACCUCUUUCUUUGUCACUGCUCCUAGAUAUUUAGAAUCUGUGCUUGCAGCUGUAGCGGACUACUUUACAUACCGCCUGGCAAAGAAGACGGUAGGGGAGACCAUUGCCCCCACAGUUCUUUUCUGUACUUUGGUGUCCUUCUUCAACUUCCAUAUGGCAGCUAGAACUCUGUCCAAUUCUCUCGAGAUGGUCCUCACAGUCAUUGCACUCAACUAUUGGCCGAUUGAUGGCACUGUUGCCUAUGCCAACUUCCGAAUUUCUCUCGCUUGGGCAGCUCUGGCCUGUAUCAUUAGACCCACUAAUGCCUUGAUAUGGGCCUUCUUGGGAUUGCAAUUAAUCUUCAAAGCUCGCUCUCAUAUUAAAGCGAUUAUUGCCAAUACCGCUGCUAUAUUCUUGGCAGCGGUAGCUUUUUCGACCAUAGUGGAUACAUGGUGUUAUGACGGUCAUCUAGGCAACUUGUUUUCUGAACCAGUAUUCACUCCUGGCAAAUUUUUCGAGUUAAACGUUGUAUCAGCUAUCUCAAUUUUCUAUGGUAUCCAUUCUUGGCACUGGUACCUGAGCCAAGGAAUACCAGUCGUUUUGGUGUGCCUUUUACCCACUUUCCUUUUUGGUUGGUAUCAGAUUGGUAAAGACCAGGUACUGAAUGACAGAGUUCGCUCAUUGAAGUAUGUUACGGCGUGGACUGUAGCUGUGUACAGUUUGUUAGCGCACAAAGAAUUCCGCUUCAUAUACCCUAUUGUACCCAUCAUGCAUAUUUUUGCAGCCUACGGAUUAUCGCAAUUGCCUCUGGCGUGGCGAAAGUGGGCAGUCCUUGCAACCAUGGCCAUUAACAUUUCCAUGGGAGUAUAUACAACAACGACGCAUCAAAGAGGCGUCAUAGAUGCUGUAAACUACAUCAGAACCGAAGCUCAAGAACUCAGUCGCCUGUAUACCAAUUACGAUAUGGAAGUUGCGUUUUUGAUGCCAUGUCACUCCACGCCUUGGCAAUCUGUCAUACAUGAUAAGAAUGUGGAUGCGUGGUUUUUGACCUGUGAGCCUCCAUUGAAAACGUAA